AUGGUGAAGCUUGCCACGGCCAGGGAGGCGCGCCUGUACGGGCCAGCGCUGGCGGUGCGCCGGUGGGAGUACGUUAACGCGGGCGCGUACGCGUUCGCGGCGCUGCUCCUGGCGGCGGGCCUCGCGGCGCUGUCCGCGGGCGGCGGGGCCAGCAGGGCGGGGCUCGCCACGGCCGCCGUGGCGCUGGCGGCCGUCGCGGCCGUGAACGCGCACGACCUCGCGGCGCACCUCGCCGGCGUCGACUGGCGCGUGGGGCUGGCGCGCUUCGACGCCCAGCUCGGGCUCGUGGAGUUCCUCGUGCCGGCGCUGCACGCGGCGGGGUGCGUCCUCGCCGUCGCCGGCUUGGCCUUGCUGGUCUCCCAGGGCGAGGAGGGCGCGAGGUACAGCUACGGGCGGGAGAUGCACGCGGCGAACAUGCUGCUCGCCGCGGCGGUGCUGUGGCUGCUGGGCUCGGUGCUGAACUCGUGCCAGGUGUACGAGCGCGCCGACGGCCGCGCGCAGCUGCUGCAGUCGAGCGUGCAGGUGCCCCUGCUCCUGGGGAGCCUGCUCUUCCUGGUCGCCGCCGUCGUGAACCGCCGCCGCGUCUCCGGCAGCUGGCGCCGCGAGCCGGGCGUCCUAGUGGGCCGGAGCUGGGCGUGGCUGUGCCUGGUGGGGAGCCUGCUGUGGCUGGCGGCGGCGCUGCUCAACGUGCUCAAGGUGUUCAAGAUGCACCAGAGCGACGCGCUGCGGCUGGAGAAGCUCCGCGGCGGCGCGCAGGAGCGGCUCAGCCGCGACCGCGAGGGACGCGUGCCGCUCAACUGGGAGGAGGUCGCCAGGAGGGCGGCGCUGCCCACCGAGCUUCGGUGAUCCUCAUCACCGACACGCGCCGCCGCUCGUCGCCGAACCAUCGCGUCAGCCACUCAGCCUAGCUACCGGCGGUCCGUCACGGCCGUACGUAACAACUUCUCCCCCCGUGCUGUAAAGAGGUUGUGACAGAAAAGGAAAAAAGAGCCAAAUAAAUUGUUUGGGCCCUGUGUUGGCAUUGGUGGUUGUGGGUUUUUUUGCUUAACUUUUCUCGGUGGUGGUGAACU